AGACUCUUUAACUCCACUGAGGCAGAGAGAGGGAGAGGUGCAAACUACCAAGAUGAGCUCGCUCUCUAUCUCCGCUUCCAUUCUUCCUUCCCCUUCUUCUAAAGCCCUAAACCCUCGUCCUGCAACCCAUUUCCCUUCUUCCGCCUGCUCCUUCAAGCCAUCUUCAGCUCUAUCUGUUCGGCCUCUACUUGUUGCCGCUGCUGCUGCCUCAGCGAGCUCGCCGUCGUUCUCCGCCGAUUUAGGGUUAGGUUCUGGGCUUCCGCUCUCUCUUUCUUCUCCUUCUCCAUUUUCGUUCUCGUCUUCCGUCUUCAACUCGGCCCCGCCUCAGACGCACUCGACGGCCAUGAGAGGCGCGGAAGCGGACGUCAUGGGAUUGUUGUUGAAGGAGAGGAUUGUGUUUUUGGGCUGCAACAUAGAUGAUUUCGUCGCCGACGCGAUCAUUAGCCAGCUCAUCCUCUUGGACGCACAAGACCCUACUAAGGAUAUCAGACUAUUCAUCAAUUCUCCUGGCGGAUCGUUGAGUGCUACCAUGGCAAUUUAUGAUGUAAUGCAGCUCGUCAGAGCCGAUGUUUCCACAAUCGCUCUUGGCAUUGCAGCGUCAACUUCAUCAAUCAUCCUUGGAGGUGGUACAAAGGGUAAGCGGCUUGCUAUGCCAAAUACACGCAUAAUGAUGCACCAGCCAUUAGGUGGUGCAAGUGGACAGGCAAUUGAUGUGGAAAUCCAGGCCAGGGAAAUCAUGCACAACAAAAAGAAUGUCACCAGAAUUAUUGCAGGUUUCACUGGAAGAUCUUUUGAGCAGGUGGAGAAAGAUAUUGACCGUGACCGGUAUAUGUCUCCAAUUGAAGCCGUGGAAUAUGGAAUCAUAGAUGGUGUCAUUGACAAGGAUGCUAUAAUUCCUCUGGAGCCAGUGCCGGAGAGAGUUAGAUCUAAGCUUGACUAUGAAGAGAUAAUGAAAGACCCACAAAAGUUCCUCAGGCCUGAUAUUCCUGAUGAUGAGAUAUACUGAACUACAUGCAUUCCCUAGUGCACGUAAUUAUGUAGUACACAUUGUUUUCAUGAAGAAAUUUGGUGCCUUCUGCCAAAAGAACGAUUUGAAUUCUUCUAACAUGUUUCGUUGUACAAUAGAUAAGGUUUUCGUUUCUGGCUA